AUGCGAUCCAAGGGGCCGCUUGUAGACCUCAUAUCUCGUCGCCCUCUCUCGAGUGAAGACAUCCAGCUACUUCGCGAGAUGUUGCGCAACAAGUUCCGCUGGCCCAACGACCCGAAGGAUUUCCAGGUCAAUGCCAUCCGGGCACAGCUCGAAGGCGUUGACAUCAUUGUCCAAGCUCCCACGGGCGCGGGGAAGACCGCCAUUGCCGCUGGACCCCACGUCUGGCCGUCAUUUGAGCGCAGAGCGACCUUGAUGAUAUGUCCAUUGCUCACAUUAGAGGACGAGAUGACACGCACAUUCAAGACCGAUUAUGGUCUCUCUGCGAUUGCUAUCAAUGGCGAGAACAAAGCAUGCCACGAUCCUAAGAUAAUCAAGGCAUGUCCCGAAAUCUUCGAUAUGGAACACCAGAUCAUACUUAUCUCACCGGAGAUGCUUCAGUCGAAGACCUUCGUCGACACCUUCUUACGAAAUCGCAGAUUCACUCGUAACAUAGUGUCCCUCUUCAUUGAUGAAGCGCACUGCACCGUUCACUGGGGGGCCGACUUUCGCAAAGAGUACGGUACUUUAGGCAAGAUCCGCCCCUUUCUUCCGGCAAACACCCCCAUUAUUGCUGUCUCCGCCACCAUAACUCCCCGUGUCAGAAAAGCUAUCCACUCCUCACUCCACCUCGGUCAAUCGUCUCAUCGAGCUCGCUGGAUCAACGAGGGCAACGACCGCCCCAAUAUCUCGAUCAUCAUACGCGCUCUAGAGUACCCUCUGAACAGUCUGCAGGACAUCAAUUUCAUCAUUCCCGACACAAUCGCCUCCGCAUCGGACAUUCCCAUCACCCAGAUAUUCGCCGAUGAUGUUGAGCUAGGCUCCCAGGUUGUCGAUCAUCUCAAUGAAAGGUUGCGUAGUAUUCUUGGUACUGCCACCCAAGUCGCCACGAUGAUUAUUGAAGACCUGGAAUGUGUCCGGCCCUUCAAUGCACAACUCUCUCAGGACUACCGCGCCGCGGCAAUGCCGCAGUUCCGCGAUGGUAACAUCCGGGUUCUGGUCUGUACUGAAGCUGCCGGGAUGGGUAGCAACAACCCGCGCGUCGUACGCACGGUUCAGUUGAAGAAGCCCAAGAAGCUUAGCACCUGGAUGCAGAGGGCCGGACGAACCGCAAGAGGUGCUGGUGAAGUUGGCGUCGCCAUCCUGCUAGUCGAGCGCAAGUGGUAUAGCGUCAAUCUUGUUACACCGAACCCCAAGCUGAAGAAGGAUGCAAGGCUAGUACAGACAUAUGCACACGACCACGGUGUCAAUCGAGGAAGCUCCGCAAAGGAUGAUGCCAUACCAUCCGGCCCGCAGCCACCCCUCGAUCUUGACAGUGACGAUGAGGGUCUUCUUGUUUUCGUACAGAGUGUUACUUGUCGGCGCAAGGUAUGCGGGAGGGUUUUCGAGAGCCCCAUUGAUACUAGCAAGCUCACUGUGUCCUGUUGUGACAUCUGUGAUCCGUCACUACUUGAUCUAUCUCGUCCCUCUCAUCCAAAAGCUGAGAAGCAGUCUCGCAUGCCGAAGAAAACUGAACCUGAUCGUGCGGCUCAGCGCAAGCUCAUAGCAUGGCGAUCAAUGGUUCACCAACGCGAUACCCCGAUCUCAGUCCUUGGCUCGACCGCAAUCCUGGGCGACAAGCUUAUCGAAGAACUGGUAUCUCACGGAUGCUUACCCACGGACAAAGCGCGCCGGACUCUUCAGACCAGAUGGCCGAACUGGGAUCUGUAUGGGAACGAGCUUAUGGCGCUCUUG